GGGUCUUAUGGGAUUAUUCUAUUUUAUUGAAAGUGAGGCAUUAAUAGAAUCCAUGGGCAUCGAACUUCCAACAGAUAUGGAAGAGAAAGAAUAUAAGGAUCUGGUAACAGAACGUUAUACUCAGAGCGCCCUUAAUUGCUGGUUUGCUGGUGGUUUAUAUGUGUUGCUUCUCGCCUUGUCACUUUGCCAAUUUUUUACCAAUCGCGCAAUAAAAUCUCACGAGAAAGCAAAAGAAGAAGAGAUGAAGAAACUAAAGCGACAAGGAAAAGAAACAAAAGAAGAGAGUAGGAAAAGAAAACAUAAAGACAAAAAAACAGUGAAUCAAGGUUGGGGAGACGAAGGUAACCAGAGAAAUAAAGGAUGGUAG